CAGUUGAAAACAUCCUCGCGCUCGGGAGGGGAUCUAGGAUUUGGAACGAGAAGAGGAAGGGAGACAUCACACACUCUGCUCCACCACCAUGCAGAUACUUGGGCUGCCUUUUUUGCUGUUAUGCCUCAUCUGGGGCCACUCCUGCGCUCUCGGCGGAAAAGUCAACAAGCACAAGCCGUGGAUAGAAACAUCGUACCAUGGCGUGAUCACGGAGAACAUGGACACGGUGCUGCUGGACCCCCCGCUGGUCGCUCUAGACAAGGAUGCCCCGGUCCCCUAUGCUGGGGAGAUUUGCUCCUUUAAGAUUUAUGGUCAGGAUGCUCCCUUCGAGGCUGUGGUGUUGAAUCGCACAUCAGGAGAGGGAGUCCUAAGGGCCAGCAGCCCGGUGGACUGUGAGAGCCAGAAAGAGUACACCUUCAUCAUCCAGGCCUACGACUGCGGGGCGGGGCCCAGCGGAGCCGACUGGAAGAAAUCCCACAAGGCGGUGGUUCACAUCCAGGUCGAUGACGUCAAUGAGUUCAGCCCUGUGUUUCGGGAGCCACUUUACAAGGCAUCUGUUACAGAGGGCAAAAUCUACGACAGCAUUUUGCAGGUGGAAGCUUGGGACCAAGACUGUUCACCACAGUACAGCCAGAUCUGCAUCUAUGAGAUUGUCACUGCAGGGACGCCAUUUGCUAUCGACCGCAAUGGUAACAUCAGAAACACAGAGCGGCUGAGCUAUGACAAGCAGAAGAGCUACAAGAUCAUGGUGACGGCCUUUGACUGCGGUCAGAAGAGAGCAAAGGAGGAUGUGGCUGUGCAUAUUGAUGUGAAGCCUGUCUGCAAACCUGGAUGGCAAGGUUGGAACAAGCGCGUGGACUACGAGCCAGGGACUGGAAGCAGGCAGCUGUUUCCCAAGAUGCACUUAGAAACGUGCGGAGGUCUCCUGUCUGGAGUAAAAGCGAUGGUAGAGCUCCAGACCAAUCACAUCGGGAAGGGCUGCGAUCGGGAAACAUACUCUGAGAAGUCUCUGCAGAAACUGUGUGGAGCAGCGUCAGGCAGCACCGACCUACUUCCUGCCUCCAGCCCUGCCACAAACUGGACAGCGUCUCUGCUGACUGACAGCGGCCGUGACAGCGAUCUCAUCUACAGGUUCGAGGGACGUCAGGCUGCUAAUGUCCCGGACCACGUGGUGCCCCAAAACCUCACAGACCAGUUCACCAUAGCAACAUGGAUGAAGCACGGACCCAGUCCGGGCCUCAGAGCGGAGAAGGAAACCCUGCUGUGUAACUCCGACAAGACUGAGAUGAACCGCCAUCAUUACUCUCUGUACGUCCACAACUGCCGCCUGGUGUUCCUGCUCAGAAGAGAUUUCACCCAGGUCGACACUUUCAGACCCGCCGAGUUCCACUGGAAACUGGAGCAGGUGAGCUCUUAG